AAACAAUUGGCAAACUGCCUUCCCAACAAAAAAAAAAAAACAGCUCCACCCGUGAAUCCUUUUUAGCUCUUUCUGCGCUUUCAUGUGCUAAUCUAUAACCUCCUUCUACUGUCUGACCUCACAGGGACCGCCUGGUUCACAGCCCUCGCCACACGCACAGCCUCCACCCCACAACCCUAACAGCAUGAUGGGACCCCACAGUCAGCCUUUCAUGUCACCGCGCUAUGCAGGAGGUCCCCGGCCCCCCAUCCGGAUGGGAAACCAGCCUCCGGGGGCCGUUCCUGGUACACAGCCAUUGCUGCCCAAUUCGAUGGAUCCCACGCGACAGCAAGGGCACCCGAACAUGGGCGGACCCAUGCAAAGGAUGAAUCCUCCGCGAGGGAUGGGCCCCAUGGGUCCCGGUCCGCAGGUAACCCAGCAGCACCAGAGAGCAUCCACAGCUCUGCCAACACCAACCACUACCUCCACAACCCCCAGGGGCAGGAAAGGCUGGGAGAUUUCCCCUCCUGUCCCCCAUUAGUGUUAAUGCGUUUUACAUUAGUCUUGCAUCUGGAAAUCCCUCCUUUUAACGGUAGUGAGGUCUUCAGGGCUGCGUGUCCUCAUUAAGGGUAUUGCAGCCCCCCCUUGCCCUUCAGCUGAAGGGGAUGCCACUUAGCACCAAGCCGUAGUGCUGUUUGAGUGCAUUAUGCAGCAGGCCUGGGAAACAGUUACGACCCUAACAGCAGGAAAGGGGAAGGAUGCUUGCAUUAAAAAUAAAUAAAUUAAAAAAAAAAAA